CCGCCCACCUAAUAAAUAAACUGCUUGCUGAAACAAUUUUGAAAAGGGCAAGUAACAAAUAGAAUCCAUUUAAACUAAAAAUUUUCACCCAGAAUUAUUGUUAGGUAUCCAUUUUCUAGUACCAAACUGGGCGUCCCUAAUAUCAAAAUUACAAACUCAUAUACUUUUAUACAUGAUCGAUCGAUCACCUGUUCCUCCUCCUCCUCCAUCCUCUUUUUCUUGAUUUUUGGUAGAACUUGGGAUGCUAAAAGGACGUCCCUGCCUGCUCGUCGUCGUCGUCCUCCUCUUCUUGUGCAUUUGAUCAAAACGUUUUUUUUUCAGGUGGAGAUCAUGGCGAACAUCUCAGGGCAUCCUCAAAGAAGCAAAAUAAUGAAAGGCCUUCCAGGGGUUAGCAUCGAAGGCAUGGCCGGCGGGGUCAUCAACAUAUGCGACAUGGAGUCCGUUCCAAUUAAUUUCUACAACAAUUCAGUGUUCUGGAAACUCGCAAAGCCCAAAAACCCCAACGAUCCUUCCUUCGUCUAUUACGUCCCUUAUUUCUUCAUCCAAUUGGCUCUCAUUCUCUUCGUCAUCCACAUUCUCUCCAUCAUCCUCAAACCUUUGCGCCUCCCUCGUUUCUCCGUCGAAUUGCUGGCUGGGAUUUUGGUUGGCCAUAGUUGCCUGGCACUGAUCGAACCAUGGUACACGAUCUACAUCGUCCCCAUCAGCAGCAUCAAGGUGCUGGACACGCUGGGCCACCUCAGCCUCAUCUACUACGUAUUCCUGGUCGGGCUCGACAUCGACCUGUCGGCGAUCAAAGUGGUCGGACGGCGGGCGGUGUACACCGGUCUGACCGGAAUGGUUCUCCCCCUCCUCGUCGGGUUCAUCCAGUUCUUCCUCAUGGCCGCCGACCCGGCCCACCCGAACUUCUUCUCCCAGGAGUUCUGGGAGAACCUGGCUCCCGUCAGGCUGACGGGAGCCAUCUUCUGGGGAGUCGCCCUCACCGUCACCAGCUUCCCCGAUCUGGCCAGGAUCCUCUCCGACAUCAAGCUCCUCCACACCGACAUCGGCAGGCUGGCCCUGUCGUCCGCCAUCGUCAGCGAGCUCACCUCUUGGAUCCUCCUCGUCGUGGCGCUCACUCUCACCAACGGCACCUUGAACCCGAUGUUCCUCCUCCCGACGCUCACUUUCGUUCUCGUGCAGUGGUUCCUCGUCCGCCCUACCGUCACCUGGGUCCUCAGGUACGCCGAUGAGGCCGACAACACGCUGCUGCUCAACUUCACCGUGUUCAGCGGGAUCAUGACCUCGUCGAUCGUGACGGAUGCGUGUGGCGCGAACUCGAUGAUCGGGGCAUUCGUGUUCGGGCUGAUCAUCCCCAGUGGGGAGGUGGCCAUGAAGCUGAUGGAGAAGCUGGAGGACUACGUGAAAGGGGUGUUGAUCCCUGCGUUUUUCAUGGUCAACGGGGUUCGAACCAGUGUGCCAAUCCUCCUCGACCCGGAUUUUGGAACGCCGGUCUAUGUCAUCCUCCCUCUCAUAGCCACGGCAUGGUCGUCGAAGAUUGUCAGCACUUUCAUCUUCUCCAAACUUGCAGGGAUGGGUGCUCGUGAAGCCUUCACUCUCGGAGUCCUCAUGAACACGAAAGGUGUUCUGGCGUUGAUCGUCAUCAACACCGGCCGCAACAUACAGGGGUUCAACCAACCCAUGUUCGCGGUGCUCAUACUCUCAAUGUUGGUAAUGUCCCUAACGGUCACGCCCUUGGCGAAAGCAGCAAACAAGUCGAGCAGGAGAUCCAACAAAUUCCAGCUCAGAACAGUGGAGAGCAACAAGCUGGAGUCGGAGCUAAGGAUCCUAACGUGCAUCCACUCGACCCGCAACCUGUCCGGGAUGAUCAACCUCCUCGAAUCCUCCAACGCCAGCAAGCAGUACCCGAUCUGCGUCUUCGCCCUCCACUUAGUCCAGCUCACCGAGCGACGCGCCACCGCAAUGCUCAUCGUCCACGACAACAACAACAGCAACAACAGUACUUCCCAUCGCAUGUUCGACGGCUCAGGAGGGCAAAACCUGAGCCGUCGGGAGGAAGAGUCGAAGCACAUCAUCGCGGCGUUCGAGAGCCUCGAGAAUCGAGGCGCGUCGGUGUCAGCUCAUUCGCUCACCGUGGUGUCCCCGUACACCACGAUGCACGAGGACAUCAGCUGCUUGGGGGAGGACAAGCGGGUGAUGCUCGUCCUCGUCCCUUUCCACAUGCAGGCCGAUGUCUACGGGAGGCUGCAGGAGGAGAAUUUGAACUGGAGGACUGUGAAUCGGAACCUCAUGGCGAUCGCCACGUGCUCCGUGGGGAUACUGGUGGACCGCGGCCUUGGCGCCAAGGACAAGGCCGCGGUCCAGCCGCAGUACUCGUCGUUCGCGGUCAUUUUCGUCGGAGGACCGGAUGACCGAGAGGCGCUCGCUUUCGGAUGGAGGAUGGCGAAAUCUCCCAACGUCAACCUCACCGUCUUACGACUCCUCCACGUCGACGAUGAUCGUACCGACGACGAUGUGAACGAAAAAUUGGAAGGACCGACAGAAGAAGAAGAUGAAGAAGGAGGAGCCGACGCCACCACGAGGCAGAACAAGGGAGAGGAGAGGGAGCUGGAUGACGAGUAUGUGAACGAGUUUAGGUUCAGGACGAUGCACGACGAAAACAUAAACUACAUGGAGAAGCAGGUGACGACAGGGGAGGAGGUGAUCACAACGAUAGGGCGGCUCGUACCAUCCUGCGACCUCUACAUCCUAGGGCAGAGCAAAAACACGACAUCGUCCAUCAUGUUGGGACUGUCGGAGUGGAUCGAGUGCGAGGAGCUCGGCGUGCUCGGAGAUACGUUGCUCGCCUCCGAAUUCGCGGAGCAUUCCUCCCUUCUUGUUAUCAAGCAACAUUAUGUUCCCGGGAUGCCUAGGCGCAUUCACCAUCACAACAACAACAACAGCUACGACAAUGGCAACAGUAGGGUACUGCCUGGGUAUGCUAAUAGCAGUAAUGUCUACAAUAGUGCUAGCAAUGUGGCCGCCAGCCAAACAUCCAUGUCGUGGCAAUCGUCCAAACCAAAAACUCCUUACUCUUCUUCCCAAGUUCGUUGAGUACAAUCUGUAUAUACAAAUCCAAUUUGAAAGACAUUCUCAUUUGAGUCAUUUCUGUUCGGCUAGAAAGUCUGCCCGAUUUUGUGAUAUAUUUUGUAAAUCAAUGUUAUUUAUUGAA